CACCAAUAAAACCACAGAAUUCCGCAGUGUCAUUUUAACAGGGAAGAAGGAAACUGCUUUAAAGAAAUGUUGCUGUAGUCCGUGUAGUUACCCCCAUCUCUCCGCUCGUCCACAACGAGCCUCUACCACUCUCUUUAAGUUUAUCCUUUAAAUCCUGCCAUUGUUUGUCCUGUUUGGUAAAAAGCACUAAAUACAGGAUGAGCACCCUUCCACUCUCUCGCUCCGAAGUGUUUGGGCAGCUGAGGAAAGAACUACAUGAUGAUGUGGAAUUUCACCAGUCCGACGCACAUAUCUUCAUCAUCAUGGGUGCCUCUGGGGAUCUGGCCAAAAAGAAAAUCUACCCAACGUUAUGGUGGUUGUUCCGAGAUGGUCUUCUCCCUGAAGAGACCUAUUUUGUCGGCUUUGCUCGUUCUGACCUGACUGUGGAUUCCAUUCGCUUGGCCUGCAUGCCUUACAUGAAGGUGGUUGACUCUGAAGCAGAGCGUCUCUCUGCGUUCUUCAGUCGGAACUCAUACAUCAGUGGGAAGUAUGUGGACGAAUCCUCUUUCGCUAACUUGAACACCCACCUACAGUCCCUGCCGGGCGGAGCUGAAACCAACCGCCUCUUUUACCUGGCCCUGCCACCUAGCGUCUACCAUGAUGUGACCAAGAACAUCAAACAUCACUGCAUGAGCACAAAAGGCUGGAACAGGAUAAUCGUGGAGAAGCCGUUUGGACAUGACCUGCAGAGUUCAGAGGAGUUAUCCAAUCACCUCUCUGCUCUCUUCACUGAAGACCAGAUUUACCGCAUAGAUCACUACCUAGGCAAAGAGAUGGUCCAAAACCUUAUGGUUCUCAGGUUUGGAAACCGAAUAUUUGGGCCCAUAUGGAACCGGGACAGUGUGGCCUGUGUGGUUCUGACCUUCAAAGAGCCGUUUGGUACCCAGGGCCGGGGUGGAUAUUUUGAUGACUUUGGGAUCAUUCGUGAUGUGAUGCAGAACCACCUGCUGCAGAUGCUGUCUCUGGUUGCCAUGGAGAAGCCUGCUUCCACCAGCUCUGAUGAUGUUAGAGAUGAGAAGGUGAAGGUGUUGAAGUGCAUUGAGCCGGUCUCUCUGUCAGAUGUGGUGUUGGGUCAGUAUAUGGGAGAUCCAGAAGGAGAGGGUGAUGCUAAACUGGGUUACCUAGACGACUCAACUGUCCCUAAAGGCUCCACUCAGGCUACGUUUGCCACAGCGGUGCUUUAUGUAAAGAAUGAACGCUGGGAUGGUGUUCCCUUCAUUCUCCGUUGUGGCAAGGCUCUGAAUGAGAGGAAGGCUGAGGUGCGGUUGCAGUUUACUGAUGUUCCUGGAGACAUUUUUAACUCUCAGUGCAGACGGAACGAGCUGGUGGUGCGUGUGCAGCCUAAUGAGGCCAUCUAUACCAAGAUGAUGAGCAAAAAGCCUGGAGCCUAUUUCAGCCCUGAAGAGACAGAGCUGGAUCUGACAUACCACAGCAGAUACAGGGAUGUUAAGCUGCCGGAUGCCUAUGAACGCCUGAUUUUGGACGUAUUCUGUGGCAGUCAGAUGCAUUUUGUACGCAGCGAUGAGUUGAGAGAAGCCUGGAGAAUCUUCACUCCUCUCCUUCAUCAGAUAGAGAGGGAGAAGACACCUCCCAUCCAAUACAAAUAUGGAAGCCGUGGUCCUCCAGAGGCAGAUGAGUUGGUGCAGAGAGUGGGUUUCCGGUAUGCGGGAACAUAUAAAUGGGUGAACCCACACAAACUGUGAAAGAGAAGCUGAAGCCUGUAAAAAAAAAAAAAAAAAAAAAAAAAUCAGGUUGAGUGCCUGAAAUAAGAGGGAGAAAAACAAGGCUAAGGCACUUAAAAAUGUAUUUGAAGAUGCACUCUUGUGUGAGUACUGCAUUUAAAACUGGACCAAGAAACAAAAUAAGCAAACUAGUUUAUUAUUUUUACGUUAUGCUUUUAGAUGCACAGUAGUUAUAACCAGCUCAUUGUGAUACAUCAUUCUUUAUAGGAUAUUCUCUGACUUAUUCACUUAAGCUGAACAACAUUCAUAUUUUGUGCUCAGUGAGCUAAACAACAUUCUGAUGUAAAGAGACUUUAUUCUGUGCUGUCAUUCCCUAUGUUUAAUUUGUGUUCUUACAUCCUAAGAACAAUGCUUCAGUUGUGCAUUCAACUUUCCACAAGUCUUAAACUAUGUGUGCUGAUCUUUAUGAUUUCCAAUGUGUUUUAUGGGCAGAGGGGUGAUUAAAAGGACAAAUCUACCCCUGUAAAGAUAAUUGUAUUAUUCAUACUGCUUUUACCACUGUUAACAAGUUUAUAAUAAAUAUGUCAUUAGUAUUACAACACUGUAAAGGUUAAAAAUGGCAGCAUGAACCAUUGAUUCCAUUUUUAAUACAUGCAGGGGAUAGAAAUGUGGGCUCCUUUGUUACAGGAAAAAAAAAAAAAACAUUUACUAGAUCAAUGAAAUACUAUGUCUUAAUGUGCCCGUUGUUAGGCCGAACGAACAUUUAUUGUAGCAGAUACAUACAUUACAUGCUACAUCCCUCAGUACAUUCUUUUUACAUUAUAAUCUUUAACAGUAUAAUAGAUGGGUUUAGAUGUUCAAUGUUAAACAUCGAUCAUAAAGUGAGCCUGACUCAGACCUGGUUUCUUUCUGCUUACUAUUGUUUUUGACAAGUCAGACAAAAAAAAAAAAAGAAAGGAAAAAAAAAGAAAAAGAAAAUGCUAUUUUUUUUUAUUGUCGUUAGUUUACCUGUGUAACGAGGAUAUGUUUGAGCUGUGUCUCUGAAUGAAGGUUCUGGCAUCACUGAAUUUAACAUCCUGUCAGAGUGUCUAAAAGUGAUGUAUUUAUCAGCAGAUGGGGAAAAACUGCUGGUUUGGUUGUUGAAAUGUAUUUAUUUUAUUUUUUUUAAGCUUUGGUUUCUGGUUGUUGAAAUUAUUAUUAUUAUUAUUUAUGCAUCUUUGAGUUAUUUAACUUUUUCUGAAAAAGUUAUGCCCAGUGUUUUCUAUUUUAUUGUAAUAGAUAACAAUGCUUUAUAGUAAAAGUAGUUAAGAUGCCUCAAAUGUGUCAUUGCUUCAUGUUUUGUAGCUGUCUGGUCCUUUCAGUUGUUUUACUUGUUUUUCUCCUCUUAUGUUUGACCUCUUUUGAUAAAGCCAUUAUUGAAAUAAUGUAUAAAUUUUAUGUGUAUUUAGUUGUUAGAAGUUAGUGUUAAGGAGCGUUGUGAGUGACCAGGCUGUAAAAUAAAUAAAAUACCAAAUAACUCAAAUGAA